UCUGCAUUGCAUUUUUGUAACUUGCACAAUCCCCUGAAUCAGUGACACGAUCUAAUUAUUAGCUACUAAAAAUAAAAAGGAAAGAAUGGCGUUAACUAUUUUUACAAGUAUGGCAGAUUCCGAUCCACACGAAAUUCAUCGUUUUAACAAUACUCCCUAUAAACCACAUCGACAAGCUCUACGGUACCAAUAUUUGCACCGAUUUCUCCAAUAGCCAAGGUUAUAGCAGCUAAGCAUGUCUUCUCCUCUUCCUCACGUAGCCUUCUUUCCCUUCAUGUCCAAAGGCCACAUCAUACCUCUCAUCCAUCUAGCCCACCUCCUCCACCGCCGCUGCCUCGCCACCUUCACCUUCUUCACCACCCCUCUCAACGCCCCCUUCAUCCGAGACUCCCUCGCCGGCACCGAUGCAUCCAUCGUCGAGCUCCCAUUCCCGGAGAACGCACCGGGCCUCCCCCCGGGCAUCGAGAGCACCGAUCGCCUUCCCGACAUGUCGCUCUUCCUCACCUUCUACAACGCCACCAAGCAACUCCGCCCGCACUUCGAGCAAGCUCUUGCGAGCCUACCGACCGCCGUCAGCUUCUUGAUCUCCGAUGGGUUCCUCGGCUGGUCCACCGAGUCGGCUGCCAAGCUGGGGAUCCCGAGGGUGGCGUCCUAUGGGAUGGGCUGCCAUGCCAUGGCCAUCCAGUACUACAUCCGUCGAGAAAAGCCACAUCGCGGUCUCGCCUCCGAUGACCAGCCUUUCACUGUCUCCGGCUUUCCGAAUCUCCGGCUCACCUUGGAUGACCUAACCCAGUUCUCUUACGACCCACAUCCUGCGGAUGAGGUAUAUAAGUUUGUCGAAGAAAUCCAGCCCCCACCGGAUACCCGAGCAGUCGUAGACAAUAGCUUCUACGAACUGGAGCCGGGCUACGUUGAUCACUGGAACAGCCACAUUGGACCCAAAGCUUGGUGCAUCGGCCUGCUCUGCUUGGCCCAGCAGAAGACUCGGUCCAACAACCGGACCGAGUUGCUCCAGUGGCUGGACUCCAGGGUGGCCAUGAACCGGCCGGUCGUGUACGUAGCGUUCGGAAGUCAGGCGGAGAUCUCCGAGCUGCAGCUGAAGGAGAUCGCUAUUGGAUUAGAGCGGUCCGGGGUGGACUUCUUGUGGGUGGUGAGGGCCAAGGGAGUAGAGUUGGGGGAAGGGUUCGAGGAGAGGGUGGCGGAGAGAGGAAAGGUGGUGAGGGAGUGGGUGGACCAGUUGGAGAUUCUACAGCAUGAGAGCAUUAGAGCGUUUGUGAGCCAUUGUGGCUGGAACUCGGUGACGGAGGGGAUUAGUGCCGGCGUGCCGAUUUUGGCUUGGCCAAUGAUGGCCGAGCAACGGCUCAAUGCGAGGUUUCUGGUGCAGGAUCUCGGCAUCGGGCUGAGGGUGCGAGCCAGCGAUGGCACGCGCGAGGGGUUGGUGAGGGGGGAAGAUAUAGCGAAGUUAGUAAGAGAAUUGGUGGACGGCGAGAAGGGGAAGGAGGCAGCGAAGAAGGCGAAGGAUUUAGCCCGUGCAGCAAGGAUGGCGAUGGAGGAGGGCGGUUCGUCAUGGCGCGCAUUAGAGCAGAUGAUUGCAGAGGUGAGUCAGAAGACAACCACUGGAUUGGCACCUGGUCUAGCUUGAUAUCUGCCUGGUUUUGUUCCACCCAUUGUGGAAGAAAUUUGUCUAGAGCCUAUACUCCUAUCAUUUUCAGAACAAGAUUUUCUGUUGUGGCUGUUUUGUCCUGUCCCCAUUUAGCUUUUUAGAUAUAUAUGAAAAAAAAUAUUCAAGCAACUCGGUAGAAAUCACCUAAAAAGUAGGGGCUGGAUACAUGUUUAGGUAAAAAACUUUCAAUUUGAAUCCAUGUACUGAUUAAACUUGUUAAAAAUUUAGAUCUGAAUUAAUCCAACUUUUUUUUAUUAAAUUGGAAACUAAUCUAGCCCAACAAAGAUUGAUUGGUUCAGGCAUUGCACCUUACCAUAG